CAUCUCAUCAAGACAAGAGACUGCUCCAUCAAUGGCGGCUACUUUUACAACCCAAAUAAAUGUGGGCUCGGUAUCGGGUCCACAAGCAAGCCUUUGUCAGACAAAAGUGUUGGGUGCUACGUUUAAUGCAAUCAAAAUUCCCAAAAGGUUUGCUUUGACGUCCAACGCUUCUUCGGGCUCCUGUUUCUUAUCCGGUUCGCUUCGCCCGGUUCCUCUAACUUCUUCCAACAAGAAACCCGGUUAUCGUAGCUUGGUCCGUGCUAGUGCUGAGGAAGCCAGUUUACAAUCAAAAGUUACCAACAAAGUGUUCUUUGACAUAAGCAUUGGGAAUCCAGUAGGGAAGCUUGCUGGAAGAAUUGUGAUUGGAUUGUAUGGUGAUGAUGUGCCACAAACGGCUGAGAACUUCCGUGCUCUAUGCACUGGAGAGAAAGGCUUUGGCUACAAAGGUUCCACAUUUCAUCGUGUCAUCAAAGAUUUCAUGAUCCAAGGAGGCGACUUUGACAAAGGAAAUGGCACUGGAGGAAAAAGUAUAUAUGGUCGUACGUUUAAAGAUGAGAAUUUCAAAUUGACACAUACUGGACCAGGAAUAGUUAGCAUGGCAAAUGCAGGCCCCAACACUAAUGGAAGUCAAUUUUUCAUUUGCACUGUGAAGACACCAUGGCUAGAUCAGAGGCAUGUUGUUUUUGGGCAAGUUUUGGAAGGCAUGGAUAUUGUUAAGCUUAUUGAGUCGCAAGAGACUGACAGAGGUGACCGUCCGAGUAAGAAAGUGGUCAUUAGCGACUGUGGUGAGCUUCCGAUGUCUGAAGUAUGAUGAGAUCAAUUCCAGUUUCUUUUGCUGCAGCUUUUAAUUAUUGGACUAGUCUAUCCAGUUUAAUGGGCCUCUAUUGAAUGAACCUGGAGCCAUGUUUGAAAGUUCAUUAUGGUCCCUUGUAUUCAGUAGAUAAGCUUAAGUUACCGGGAGUUAAAAGUGAUACUGGUAAGUUUUUACCAGCCAAAUUGUUGAGGUGUAUCAGUGGAUAUAAUGGAGUUUCGUUUACUCAGUGAAUCAGAUUUUAAUGUUUGAUGUGAGUUUGAAAACAAAUUCCUGCACUUCAUCAAUCUAUGAUGGCAUUAUUAUGAUUA